AACAAAAGUGGGAGUAAGCUUAGGAAGUCCGAAAGCAAUGGAGUCCCGCCCUUUUCAGAGUGUCUCUUUUCUUCCUCUGCACGACCAUUUCCUGUCGAGAGCGCCAUUAGCCAUGGCAAUCACUUCCUUCCAUUGCUCCAUAAGGCAUUAGUGCUUAUAAGAGAAGAAGAAGAAUACAAGUUUCGAAGACGAAGACGAAGAAGAAAGGCAGAAAUGAGUACGGUCGAUAAGAUGCUGAUCAAAGGCAUUCGGAGCUUUGACCCCGAAAACAAGCAUGUCAUCACCUUCUUCAAGCCCUUGACCCUCAUCGUUGGCUCUAACGGUGCUGGAAAAACUACCAUUAUCGAGUGCUUGAAGCUCUCCUGCACCGGUGAGUUGCCUCCCAAUGCGAGGUCUGGUCACAGUUUCAUCCAUGACCCUAAGGUUGCGGGAGAAACUGAGACAAAGGGUCAAAUCAAGCUUCGAUUUAAGACGGCCGCAGGUAAAGAUGUUGUAUGUAUCAGGUCCUUUCAGCUGACCCAGAAAGCAUCGAAGAUGGAGUAUAAAGCAAUUGAGAGUGUGCUUCAGACUUUAAAUCCUCACACUGGAGAGAAAGUUUGCCUUAGUUAUAGAUGUGCUGACAUGGAUCGGGAAAUCCCUGCUCUAAUGGGUGUGUCCAAGGCAAUUCUGGAAAAUGUUAUAUUUGUACAUCAAGAUGAAGCCAAUUGGCCGUUGCAAGACCCGUCUACCUUAAAGAAAAAAUUUGAUGAUAUCUUUUCUGCUACCAGAUAUACAAAGGCAUUGGAGGUCAUAAAGAAACUUCACAAGGAUCAACAUCAGGAGAUAAAGACCUACAAGCUGAAAUUGGAGAAUCUACAAACACUGAAAGAUGCCGCAUAUAAGCUUCGUGAAAGCAUUGCUCAUGAUCAGGAAAGAACAGAAUCUUUAAAAAGUCAGAUGCAGGAGUUCGAAACAAGUAUCCAGGAUGUGGAUGCUAAAAUUCAUCAUACUGAAGUAACGCUGAAAGACCUGAGGAAGUUGCAGGAUCAAAUAUCAACUAAGACUGCUGAAAGAAGCACUUUGUUUAAGGAACAACAGAAACAGUAUGCAGCUCUUGAAGAGGAGAAUGAAGACACUGAUGAAGAAUUGAAGGAAUGGAAGACUAAGUUUGAAGAGAAGGUUGCAGAACUAGAAUCUAAAAUUAGCAAGUUCGAAAGAGAAUUGACUGACCAAGAAACUAAAAGUUCUUUUCUAAGAAAGACAACUGAUGACUAUUUCAAAGAGAUCAGCAAGCUUCAAACUGAAGCUGAAGUUCACUUGUCCUUGAAGAAUGAACGAGAUUCUACCAUUCGAAAAAUUUUCACAGUGCAUAAUCUAGGUCCUCUUCCAAAUUCUCCCUUCAGCAAUGAAGAUGCUUUAAACUUCACAAAUAGAAUAAUAUUAAGACUACCGGAUCUUGAAAAGGAUUUGCAGGAUAAGAAGAAAUCAAAUGAAGUUGAGCUUAAGACAGCCUGGGACCGCUACAUGGUUGCAAAUGAUCACUGGACUACUGCUGACGUUCAAAAGCAGGCUAAAGUAGAUAUAAAGAGUGGCCUUCAGAAACGUAUUGAAGAGAAGGAAAAUGAGCGUAAUUCAUUAGAAAUUCAAAUUUCAAACGUUGAUUUUUCUCAUAUUAAUGAGAGAGAAAAAAACAUGAGAACAGAGAUGGAAAGGAAAAAAAAUCUCAUUGCCGAAAGAAACUUUGAAUCAAAUAUAACUCAAAAGCAAACUGAAUUAUAUUCCAUAGAGCAGAAGAUUAAGUCUCUUACUCAAGAAAAAGAUAUCAUGGUUGGUGAUUCUGAUGAAAGAGUAAAAUUGUCUCUGAAGAAGUCAGAAUUGGAGAAUCAAAAACGAAAGCAUAAAAAGAUAAUUGAUGAACAUAGAGAAAAGAUAAGAGGAGUGCUAAAAGGAAGGCUUCCUCUAGACAAGGACUUAAAAAGGGAAAUAACUCAAGCUGUGAGGGCUGUUACCAUGGAGUUUGAUGAUUUGAAGAAUAAAUCUCAUGAGGCAGAACAGGAGGUGAAAAUGUUGCAGACGAAAAUACAAGAAGAUAAUAAUAACAUCUCCAAACUUCGUAAAGAUGUGGAAUCAAGGAAAAGAUACAUUGAAUCCAAAAUCAAGACCUUGGAUCAGCAAUUUGCUUCCAUUGAUUCCUAUCUUAAAGCCUUGGAGACAGCUAAGGAGAAAAGGGAUGUCCAGAAAAGCAAAUACAACAUUGCUGAUGGUAUGCGACAAAUGUUUGAUCCUUUUGAGAGAGUUGCACGCGCUCAUCAUGUUUGCCCUUGCUGCGAGCGAUCUUUCUCUGCAGAAGAAGAAGACGAGUUUGUUAAAAAGCAAAGAGUGAAGGCCUCUACUUCAGCUGAGCAUAUGAAAGUGCUGGCGGUUGAGUCAUCAAAGGCUGACUCUCUUUUUCAGCAGUUGGAUAAGCUUCGCUUGGCUUAUGAAGAAUAUAUUAAAAUGGGCAAGGAGACAAUUCCAAAUGCAGAAAAAGAAUUAAAUAAACAUUCUGAAGAGUUGGAUCAGAAGUCUCAAGCCCUCGAUGAUCUGUUAGCUGUUUUAGCUCAAAUAAAGUCUGAGAAGGAUUCAAUCGAUGUUUUGGUUCAACCCAUCGAAUCUGCUGAUCGGCUAUUCCAAGAAAUUCAAACUUGUCAGAAACAAGUUGAUGAGUUAGAGUAUAAGCUUAGUUUUGGAGGGCAAGGAGUAAGAUCCCUGGAGGAUAUUCAGUCGGAGCUAAAUACUUUACAGAUUACAAAAGAUAGUUUGCAUAAUGAAUUGGAGAAGCUAAGGGAUGACCAAAGGUACAUGGAAAAGGAUAUGUCAAACAUAAAAGAUCGAUUGCACACACUAUGUGCGGAGAAAGUUGAAGCAGAUAAUGUAUUUCGAGAUGUGAGAAAAGCAGAAGAAGAGUUGGAGCGUUUGGUCGAGGAGAAAAGUCAAGUUGAACUUGAUGAAAAGUAUUUGGCAGAAACCAUUGGUCCUCUAUCUAGGGAGAAAGAUAAAUUAUUGAACGAGUACAAUGAACUGAAAGCUAAACUCAAUCUUGAAUACGAGGAACAAGCUAAGCAAAAGAUGAGUUAUGCGCAGGAAGUUGAUUCACUACAGAAAGUUACUUCUAAAAUAAAAGAAUUUCAUGAUUUGAAGAAAGAAGAGAGGCUGAAGGAACUGCAAGAAAGGCUUUCUUCCUCAGAAUUAGAGCUUCAGAGAUGUGAAGCUAAGAAGCAACAUAUUUUGUCCGAGUUGGAAAGAAAUAGAGACGUAAUUAGGAGUCGAGAUAAAUUACGACGCAAUAUUGAGGAUAACUUGAAUUACCGCAAAACAAAGGCUGAAGUAGAUGAACUUACCCGUGAGAUUGAAUCGCUAGAAGAGAAAAUACUGAGGAUUGGUGGCAUUUCCACAGUUGAAAGUGAGCUUGUAAAGCUCUCACGGGAAAGAGAGAGGCUUCUUUCUGAGUUAAAUAGGUGCCGUGGAACUAUGUCUGUUUAUGACAGCAAUAUUUCAAAGAAUAAGGUCGAUCUAAAACAUUCGCAAUACAAGGACAUUGACAAGCGGUACUUUGAUCAGUUGAUACAGCUUAAGACAACUGAGAUGGCAAACAAGGAUCUGGACAGAUACUACAAUGCACUCGACAAGGCACUCAUGCGCUUCCACACAAUGAAAAUGGAGGAAAUAAAUAAAAUUAUUCGGGAAUUAUGGCAGCAAACGUACAGGGGACAAGAUAUAGAUUACAUUAGUAUUCGUUCUGAUUCAGAAGGCGCUGGGACUCGUUCUUACAGCUAUAGGGUUCUUAUGCAGACUGGUGAUGCAGAACUAGAAAUGAGAGGAAGAUGUAGUGCUGGCCAGAAGGUCCUUGCUUCUCUUAUCAUAAGGCUGGCUUUAGCCGAAACGUUUUGCCUCAAUUGCGGAAUACUAGCACUAGAUGAACCAACCACAAACUUGGAUGGUCCAAACGCCGAGAGUCUUGCCACGGCUCUCCUCAAAAUUAUGGAGGAUAGGAAAGGCCAGGAAAAUUUUCAGCUGAUAGUUAUCACUCACGACGAGCGUUUUGCUCAACUAAUUGGACAACGCCAGCAUGCAGAAAAAUAUUACCGGGUCACAAAGGACGAUCACCAACAUAGCAUAAUUGAAGCUCAGGAGAUAUUUGGUUGAAGCUUUUUACAAAUGAGAGAGGUCCCAACACUAGUCAUGAAGGAGGAACCAUCAGUAUCUCAUACGCAAAAUCUAUGCCCAAAAUACCCUGUGAGUUUUCGUGCCAUUAUCAUAUCUUUAAUUGUUUAAGAAACUGUCUUGGCCAGAUAUGAACAUUUAUUUUUCUAGCCUUUAAUUGAUGAACAAGCAAGAGACCACUGUUAGUAUAUAUUACUCUUAAAAUUUAUAUAAUAUAUUUUAUAAUAUCUUGGUGAUUUUUGCUUCA